UUCUAAUUAAAGACAAAUUCUUAUGUUACAGGACUUGGAAUGAAAGUACCCAGAAUCCCCGACGAUGCUUUAGAAUAUGGCGAAGGAAACCUCAUGACAACUACACAAAUGAUGAGAUAUAUGGGAAUCGGAAAUUUUACCGGUGUUCCAGGUAUGACCCUUCCAGUUGGUUACGAUGACCAAGGUCUUCCGAUUGCCCUGCAGAUAAUGAGUUCGUGGUGGAACGAACAUACCAUGUUACGUGUGGCGCAUGCUGCAGAGGGCUUUGUAACCAAAAGGAAACCACAGGUGCAUUACAGCCUGCUGGAGUGAUUGACACCAACGAUGCCGACUUUUCAACUUUUUCUUUCGAAGCACUGACCUGUGCGCGAACCUUUCGUCCAGAGAAAUGAGGGUUCCCCAUACCCUUUGAAAUACUCAGUCACGUAAAAAUAUUUGAUCUUUUCACGCUUCUUGAAUAAUAUUCAAAUUUCGUUCAUGUUCACGCAAAAUUUGAACAUUCUUGAAUCGAUAUUUUUACUUUUUUGUAGUCUUGACCAGUCAUUAAGUGAAAAAUAUGAUAUGAUGACUUAUCUUAUUUGUUCAUGGACCAUUAGUUGUUUGUUUUAUGACAUUUCUCGAUCCAUAUGAAGUCUAAGUCCUGUCAAAACCCUGGACAAAACCUUAACACAGCUGUUCGCGAGCAGUACGUUCAUUUUUAAAACAAUUAAAUAGCCGGGAAUUCAUCGCGGAAAUCAAAAUGGUUCACGAACCACGGUUAAUUCAGCUCUUCAUUCACGAGUCACGUUUAAAUAAAAAAAAUUAGUUCACGUGGACAUGAAAAGAUCUUAUCAUUUUUAAUCACAAUUCACGAGAGAAAAAAUUGCUUAAUCACGCCUCGCGUAAUAAUUAUAGGGGACCCUCAGUAAUUGUGUGACCAUGUCCUGUUUCUGUCCUUAGUGAACCUGGGGAUGUAACUAAUCAAAAAAAUUCUGCAAUAUGUUAAGGGAAUAUAUAUCAAUAAAACAAUUGAACCAUU